ACUUUAUUGUAACUCUAUUCAUUCCUGUGAUUCAUUCCUAAGAUUCAUUCAUUCCAUUGUUGUCAUCUUUUGCAUCUUUCUUUGUUUCAUUCAUAAUUUUGAUGUCAUCUGAUGUUGAAGGAAAGAAUUACCUACAUAAUUAAAAUUCGUCUAAAUUUUAUUGGUAAUUAUGUGAUUCAUAAAUUUUCCCUAUACAUAUAAUUUUCUAGAUGUGGUGAAUAAUCAAAUUUUCAUUCAUCAUACACUAAUUUUGUGUAAUAAAAACAUAAAUAUGGACAAUCCUGCUAUACAAACAUUGGAAGCUGCUGCUCAAAUGUUGAUGGCACCACCUAACAUGGUGUCUUCAGAGCAACGACAUCAAGCUGAGAGUGUCUUUCUCGAAUUUCGAAGCACUAAAAACCCAUAUCAAUUAUGUCGAGAACUCUUGGAGAAAUCCACAUCAGACUAUGUCUUGUUUGAAGCAGCAGGAUUGCUCAAGUCAGCACUCAUUAGAGAGUGGAGUCUUUUGUCAGAAAAUGACAUCUCUUCACUGAGAGAGUACUUAUUGAACUACCUUUUAAGAAAAGAAAUACCACCAUUCCUGAGAGAGAAACUAUUACAGACUAUUGCUAUAAUAAUCAAGAGGGGCAGUAUUGAUGAUGGAGGUAGAGAGAGAAAGGCAUUAUUAGGUGAAUUAGAGAAGAUGAUUUUGAGUUCUCCUAUAAAUCAGCAAAAAUUGGCUUGCUCUCUCAUAUUAGCAAUAAUGCAAGAAUAUGCCAUCACUGUAAAAUCAGCUGAUGUUGGCUUAAUAUGGGAAGUUCAUUUUCGUUUGAAAAAGUCCUUUGAAUGGGUGGAUUUGAAGAGAAUAUUUAGGUUUACAGUUAGUGUUUUGGAGCAAAUUGUGAGGUCUGGACAUCGCCCUGAAGGAGAGCAAGCAUUACUGACUAAGCAACUUCUAACUAUUGUUGAAACAGUACUUUGCUGGAGUCAUGUUUCCCCUUUGCUAUCAAAACGUUUGAUCGGUGCUUUCGAAGCCAUUUAUGAGAGUGACUCUGCACCUGCAUUGCGUCUGAGCUCAACUUGGAGAGAUACUAUAAUGCAGCCGGAACUUUUAACAUUAUUCUUUGAGAUACACAUGUAUGUUAGAUCAAAUCCAGAACUAGCAAAUCCAUCAUUGACAUGCUUAGUUCAAUUAGCAAGCUUGAGUGGUGUUGUAGUAUCAGUGGCCAACUUAAAACAGCAGUAUUUAGAAAACUAUGUGAAUGGCUUCUUAAAUAUGAUAGCAUACAUUCAGCCUAUGCCAGGAGAAAUGCUUGGCAUAUCUGAUAUAUACAGAAGAUUGAUACAAUUCUUCUCACCACAACUGAUAGCUGCUACACCUCCAUCAUUUCUUCAGACUCUAACUACUUUGACCUGUCAAUGUAUUAGGGGUGCUGUUGCAGAAGAAGUGCAAAAUGAUAACACGGUAUGGAAGGAGUCUUUGAAUAAGUUCUUACACACAUGGUGUUCUAUUGUCCAUGAUACCGAUGGUUAUUCAGAUGAGACUUUAAUGAGUCCCUGCAUAGAAAUAUUCAACACUUAUCUUCAAUGCCGGCUUGCACCUCCUGAUGGAACAAGAGGAUCUUGGGGCAUAGAAGAAGAUAUCAAAGAUGAUAUAGAAGAGGAUGAACGGAAACAGCAUAGUAAUGUACUUAUGACGAUUGGGGCAAUCGCAAGGAAAGCUCCUGCUCAUUGCUGCCAUGUUUUGUUUAGCCUUCUUCAAGAUAGAAGUAAGAGGCUCGAGAAUCAAUUACAUCUCAUGCACAUUGGAAAGUUGCCAGUAAGCAGUGGAGAAGAACUAGUCAACUUAUUUGAAGAUUUGCACUGGAUCCUAAUGAUAACUGGUCAUUUCUUAGCUGUAGAAAUUGAUUACACCGAAAGUGAAACAACCAUGAUACCACCAGAGAUUAUUAGCUUUAGUAUACGUGAGAAUGCAAAUAUCGAUGCAUCUUUAAGAUAUCUUGUGGGCGAGAGUCAGAAUACAGAGAAUGUGGACCCGAUCCUAAAAUUCAUCGGAGAAAUUCUUCGCAUCAGUGCUUGGGAAUGUGCAGCUUUAGAAGCGGGACUCGCAUCUGUAUUUAGUCCAGAGUUAUCCGCUACCAUAUCUUGGUUGUUAAAAAUAUGGGCCCACUCUUAUCUGAUGCCGCAGGCACCCGUUUAUUCCGAAAUGUCGCCGAUCUUAGAGACGGCGUUCGGACGUUCGUCGCGUGGUGUUUUGUGGGUAGUUUCACGUCUAGCGGGGCGGGUGGGCACGUGUUUGAGAUAUAUGCACGGUCAGCCCGCUGCUGCGACACAGGCUUUACAAUUGCUCACUACCCUCGCACAUUCUAAGCGCAAAUUUAUUCCCGGUCAACCCGCUGCUGCGACAAAGCUUUCACAAUUACUCACUACACUCGCACAUUCUAGGCGCAAACAAAAUCCAUUGGCGAGUUGUGAAGAAUUUCUGAAUUUACUCGCGUGGGAAGCAUCAGGUAGCGACUUACCUGGCGAACAUAGAAAAGAGCUUCAUAGAGCAUUUGCUGUAGCCGCUACAUAUGCUGAAGGCGAAGUAAGGAAUCGACUUUUAGCUAGCACGGUGGCGCUACAGGAGAAACUAAUAAAUAUUAUUAAUAUGGAAUCUGAUACUGAACCAGUGAGAAAUAUGCUCGCUGAUACUUUAGAUUGUUUCAUUGGGGUCACUGAUGGUGUAUUUGAGAUGGGAACAAUGGAUGAACAGUUUAUGAUCUUAAUUGGUGCCUUAGAUAAGAUACCUGGUAUUAUAUUUAGAUAUCACAAUUACCCCGCUGUCGUUUUGCCGUCGUUGAACUUACUUGCCAAAAGCGCCAAACGUAUGCUGCACUCGGUACAGCCCCAGAACGUUAAUAAAUUUUUAGAAGUGUGUAACACUACCUUCGAAGUUUACAUGAAAUGGAAUUCUAGAAAGAUAUCAAGUAUUCCACAAGAUGCAGAAGAAGAGGCGUACGAAGACAUAUGCGCAUUAAUGGAAGUGAUAUGCUGUAUAGCGAGAAGUGGUGCUGAUCGUGGCAUAGGCGAUACCUGUACGAGGGGAUUACGACUUCUCCUGCCGCUUAUAACGCCGCCUCUGUUGGCAUUGCCAACCCUAGCACAUCACGCUUAUAGGAUGCUGAGAGAUUUAGACGCGGCCGAUCAGCUAACAAAUCUACCAAUAGACGAUUUCAACAUGGUAGUGACAGCUCUACGUGUAGGUCUCACUGCCGUAUCUUACGACGUAUCAACUCUAUGCUGCGAUACAAUAGUAGGACUAUCGAAUAAAGCUCGUACACUAGGCGACGACAAUCCAUACGCCAUGUCACUGUUAACACUUGCAGAGCUUUUACUAAUGCUCAUUAUAAAAAUGGAAAUACCGCCGGAUUCUAUACCGGCCGCUGGAGCCGCAAUAUACGCACUCACUUGUGUGAAACCGGCCUUAUUGGAAGGUCUAGCGAGACAGCUGAUCGAAGCGUUUGCGGUCAAUGACCCCACUAACGUACCCAGAUUGGAAGAGGCGUUUGGUGUUUUGACGAAUGGUGUACUGUUUGACGGCAUGAGGCCUCAUAAGAUACGUUUCCAGGACAAUUUCGAUAAGUUCCUCGCGAGCGUUCACGGUUUCUUAAUCGUGAAAUAGAUUUAAUUAUGUAAAUGACUGACUGUAAUAUUUUAUUUGAUGUUUAUGUUGGAUGUGUACAG